GUGUGAUUUUCAGUUACAGUGCAGCAGAAGACAAGAAGCGAGUUAAAUUUUUUUCGUUCAAACGACGUGUUUUGUGCAUUUGGAAAAAAACUAUCAAAAUCGAAUAAACAGUGAGAAAGAUCAAGCACCUCACCAACCCAACAUGUCCUGUCUGAACCUGACGCGCUGCUUCGGCGGAAAUCACACGGACCAGCCGGCAACUGGCGCUGGUGGUGGUGGCGUAGCGCCAGCCCCGUCCGCACCGAAAGCCGGCGACUCGAUUCAGCGCUCGAAGCCGUACCAGGAUCUGAGCUACGAGGUGCCAACAGGUGGAGCGCCCGGCAACUGGACCGAGUGCCAGCUUGACGAGACACUUCCGGCGGAGGAGCCAGCAGCAACGGUGGGGGAAGGUGACGAGGGGCGCUCGCUGCUGGAUCGGUUGCGGCUGUGGAAGCUGUGCUCUCGGGAGAAAACUCCGGAGGAACUCGAGAUUGAAAUGUUGAGAAAGGAGAAGAAGGAAAUCUUGAAGGCGCUCAAGAACUAUGGCAUCAACGACAAGCGGUUGAAUCUGGCCAAGAUAAAAAAUCUUCGCGCCAACAUCGAACAGGUGCUGGAACAGGAGCUCAAGAAGUUGCCGGAACCGGUCGAGAUGCAGGACAUGAAAUCAUCCGGUUCGAAAGCGAUCGCGAUUCCCACGCUGGAAACCAACGUGGACGAGGUGCUGCCGCCGCUGGAGGAAGCGUCCGUGGAUUAUCCGUUGACCCAGCCGGAUCCCGCUCCGCAGACGGUGGGCGACGGGCGACGGGAGAUGGUUCUGAAGGGCGAGCGGAGCAUGAGCUGGAAGCUCGCUUCGCCGAUCAACAUGCCGGAUAUCGAAUGAGUGCGAGACAUCAAGGUAGGAGCUUCUGUUAUCUGUUCCAAUGUCAUUCUUAUUUUUUGGAAUUCUUGACUUUCUGCCACAUUUGGCCAGAAUUGUUCACACUGUCGUCCUACUUAAACUUGUUGAUAAUUUGAAAUAAAAACAAGACAAUAUUGUUAGUGAUGACAUUUUUAUUGUUCCGCUGACCUUAAGUUCUUUAUUACACAAUUCAUUUUCAAUGAAUCACAGUACAUUUGCUUGUCCGUAAAUAAGUAUAAAAGAAAAAAAAAACUAAAUGUUUAACAGCGAAAUAAACUUCCACUCAAGUACUUCUCUCUCGGACGGAUGGAUUGACGCUUUGCCGAUAUAAACUCUGCAAAUUUAGUUAAAACUAAUGCUAGCAAAGACACAAUACUUGAUCGGAUCUCGGAUGGAAGACUAAUCAUAAACAUUAAGGAUAAGAAUGUUGAUUGUAGUGGUAGCUGUUUGUGUGUUCACAAACCUAUUUCUAUUUUGGGGAAAUUAUACCGAAGAAUACUUGCAGGGGGAAGGAGGUUCUUAACAGGAAAUCAUUACUCAACUUUCAAUACUAAGUUUCUGCUGUUCUCUAACCAUGGUUAACUUCUACACUAGCUAAUUUAUAUGACAGAAUUCAUAUAUUCAGUGUUCAAUUCUUUUAUUGCUGCGUUUUUCUACCUCAAGGCAACCGUUUUUUCUUCUCCAAGUGCACUUUAGUUUGUCCUUAACCGUUCCAAUAAAUAAAAUUGGCAAUUCCUAGUACUAUCACACGCACACUCACGAUUCAAUUGGAAUAAAAAAUACUUUCCCUUUGUGCGUAGAUUCCUCUCUCUCCUUCUACAGUGUAGUACGAUUCACUUUUUUAGUCAAAUUACGAUCAUCCUCAUCAACCGUUGUGCUAUUUACAAUCAGUACUUUUCAAGUGUGAUACUUCUAACAGCAAAGAAAAAAAAAUCUUCUAUAAACUCCCUAACUGACUACAUGACUAAAUAACACUUAAAUCAGAUCCGUUGAUUUGACCGCGCGUGACGACGGGUGCUUUUAAGUAAGAUCGUUUUUCUCGAGAUUCUCCCUCAAUUGCGUUU